UCCCCGACUGAGCCGGCCGCCCGUGUAGACGCGGAGAAAGCUCCAGCCCCGGUUCGGAGCACGUGGAAGCUACAAGCGGCUGCCGGGGGUUUUGCCUUCUGGAAUCUAAAGGCAUUUGGGCAGCUGGCGGCUCGGGAGCGAACACGCCCGGAGGAGCCGCGGAGGAGAAAGCCGGGUGGCCACAGACAAACCCCCCCCCCCACACACACACAGCCCCCCCCUCACACACUCCUGCCUGCCUCCCCGAAAGGGGUCCGGGUGAAAUUAAGGACAAGCCAGACAGAGAUCACCAUGGAUAACAGUCCUGGCAGCGUGAUCCUCUACGUGGGCUCCACGGCCGGCUCCAGCCCCACCCCAGGCAGCCCACCCGGCGGCUACCUGGUGCCCUCCCCACAGCACUCCCUGCCCUCAUCGCUGGAGGAGCUGACGCUGACUGAGAUUGGGGCCAUCAAGCCACAGGGUUCCAGCUCGCCAUCCUCGCCCAAGGUGGCCUUCCAGUUCCCGGAGGGGGUCAGGUACCCCAGCAAGGGCCAGUCGCCCCCCACCCAGAGCAGAGUUGCCACGGCCAAGCAGAACAGCGUGACCGGCACCUUCUCUAAGACAGGCGGGAUGGUGCUAUUGUGCAAGGUGUGCGGGGACAUCGCCUCCGGCUUCCACUAUGGUGUCCACGCCUGCGAGGGCUGCAAGGGCUUCUUCCGGCGCAGCAUCCAGCAGAACAUCAACUACAAGAUGUGCGUGAAGAACGAGAACUGCAUGAUCAUGCGCAUGAACCGCAACCGCUGCCAGCACUGCCGCUUCAAGAAGUGCCUGGCUGUCGGCAUGUCCCGCGACGCUGUGCGCUUCGGGCGCAUCCCCAAGCGGGAGAAGCAGCGCCUGAUGGACGAGAUGCAGAGCUACAUGAACAGCCUGAACGAGGCCCCCAUGGACGUGGGGCUGGGGCCCGAGGGGGAGGCACCCCCCAGCCCCGAUGCCCAGGAAGAGGAGGCUAUCGGCGCCAUCUCGCGGGCCUAUCACGACAUCUUUGUCAGCGGGCAGGACCGGCUGGGCAAGCGGGCUGAGCCCUACCCCUCGCUCAGCUAUGCUGACCAGCAGCUCAACAACGGCAACGCCUACGGGCAGUACGACUUGGCCCGCCUGCCCCUCUCCGGCUAUGGCACCUGCCCCCAGGAGGCCCCCGGCUACGUGGACAACGGGCCCCGCCGCUUCGGCAACGACAUCUACCAGGCCCAGCAGGCCAGCUACCUGGCCAACGCUGGGCACUACCCUUCUUUUGAGUACGGCUACUCCGAGAGGGCGUGCCCCUGGCGCUCGGCCACCAGCAGAGGCAUUGCAUGCCCUUUGAACGCCAGCCCAUACUGCAGCAACAGCAAGAGCAGCCAGCAGGUGUGGGAGGAGUUCUCCCAGUGCUUCACGCCCGCUGUCAAGGAGGUGGUGGAGUUCGCCAAGAGCAUCCCAGGCUUCCAGUCGCUCUGCCAACAGGACCAGGUCAUGCUCCUCAAGGCAGGCACCUUCCAGGUGCUGAUGGUGCGGUUCGCCUCCCUCUUCAACCCCAAGGAGAAGGUGGUGACGUUCCUGAGCGGCGAGACCUACUCGCUCUGCACCCUGCGCUCCAUGGGCAUGGGCUGCUUGCUGGAUGCCAUGUUCGAGUUCAGCGAGAAGCUCAGCUCCCUCGGGCUGGACGCCCAGGAGAUGGCGCUCUUCAUGGCUGUCGUCCUUGUCUCAGCAGAUCGCUCUGGCAUCUCAGACGUGGAUGCCGUGGAAAUCCUUCAAGAGACCCUCAUCCGGGCCCUGCGGACUCUGGUGACGAAGAAGCAUCCCGACGAUUCCACCCUCUUCCCCAAACUCCUGCUGCGCCUUCCCGACCUGCGGACCCUCAACAACCAGCACUCGGAGAAGCUCCUGGCCUUCCGGAUCGAUCCUUAAGCCCACCGGAGACGCCCGCCCUCCGAGCCUAGGGGGAGAAGGAUCAAGAACAGUCACCGGACCCAGCGCCUCGGGCUGCAUUUAGCUCUUUCGAAGACGAGGAAGGAGGGCUUUGGCGUUGCUGGGCAGCACAUGGCCUGUCGAAGCCGGGCUCUGCCAGCGCACGUCCCCCAACCUGGGGUGAGCGGGUUCAGGAGGAGAGAGCACGCUUCCCACAUGGCGCUCUGUGCCACAAGGCCUGGAGAGCGUAGAGAACAUGCGUCCGAACUGACCUCACCAACACAGACACAGUGUAUAUAUGUGUAUAGAACUCUUGCUCUGUAUUGUGUUGAGGUUCUAGUCUGUAUAUAAAGAGCCUGGAUAUGUUGUACAUACUGCGUAUUGGUAGAUCUCGGGGGGGGGGGACGGCUCACCCCACUCAUGUUUCAUUUGAAGAUCUAGUUCCUUCUUAGGGUGCAUGCUGUUUUAGCCCAUUCCUUUCCGCCUCCACCCUCCAUUCAUACCGGCCCUCUCCUAUGGGUAGCUUGUGGAGCUGCGAUCUGUGGACGGUAUAGGAUAGACUGGAUCAAAAAACAAUAUCCAAGGAGCCUUUUCGUCAGGGAUGGUAGGAGCACUCGUCCGGUCCAUUUCCACCGGCCAGGGAGGGGCAGGGACAGUUCUCUCUCCCACCCCCAUCCUGUGCUGUGUGUUUUCCUGGCUGGUAUUUUUUAAAAACGUCUCACGCCAUCAGGGCUUCCAGGGAGUUUUCGGAAGAGGCUGACGCGCGAUGGCUCGGCUGGACGGGUGUGGGAUGUGCUGGCUUGGGGGGGGCGCUGUCUCUCAGAUGGGAGAGGUUGAAGGAGGCAGAUCUUGAAUGUAAGCAGGUGACUGAAAUAGGAGAAAGGGUUUAAUCGCCACUCCUCCCCCACUGGAACCUGGGGGUGUCUCUCCACCUUGGCUAUUUCAGAAGAGAUGGGAUUAAUUCGGCCCUGGGGAGGAGGAGGUUAAUGAAACCCUUCUGCUUCUUUCCUCUAUCCGGAGCAGUGUGCUUUGUACAGCCCUCCCUGCCAGGCUUCCCAUGAUUCCCCUCCCAGAGCCUGGAACAGAACUCGGGCGUCCUGCCUCCCACCACAUCUGCUCUAACCACUAGACCCCAUCGCCGAGCCAGGAAGACUGGCUCCUGUUCCCUACCCCCAUGGUCUAACCAGUAGACCCCACUCCCCUCCCAGAGCCACAAUUACAACCCAAACGUCCUGAAUCUAAUUCUCCCCACCCUAGCCACUAGACAGCUCCCCCACUGCAGAAGAGACUGGCUCUGUUUUUGUGGAGGAGGUGGCACUUUAGACUGUUAUAAGAUGGAGACAAGUGUGAGGACCAGAACUGGGGCCAAAGCUCCCCGGCUUUGCAUUUCGAUGCAUAUCAGAUCCUGAAGGUCCGUGGGGAGAGGAAAUUAGCACACCAGAAGGGAGCACUUUAUAGUUUGUGUUUGGUUCUUUGCCGAGCUCAGAACAUCUGCAGGGAGAGGGGGAGCUGGGCCACGCCUCAGCUCCUGGCCCUGUGGCUCUGUUCUUUGUUUGUUUGUUUUUUUAAAAAAAAGCAACAAAACUUUGCACUUUUCUGAAAAAUAUAAAUGUACAGAAAAAAAUAAACUAUCCCCUAUCCCAACUCGGAGCAUAUCAGCAAAGGGAUGCCCCCCGGGGCACGACUGCAAAAAGUCCUAGUGCCUGGCAGUGGAAGAAAAGAAACAGUUUAUUUUUGGUCUAAUAUUGAAGUGCAAUAAAUAAAAUAAAGACUUGCUUAACUUGAGCU